AUGACGACGCCGGCGACAACAGACAAAAACAACGACAACGACAAUAACAACAGCAACAACAAGUCCUAUGAAAACCGGCAACACCAUGACAUGCCCCGAACAACAACAAUAACAGCCGGAAAAGUGUCGGAAAAAAUGAGAGAGGAAAAUAUAUGGCAUACACUUAGGCGCGCCAAGUCGCUUACUGACUUUUCGCCUAUCUUCUCCGCUUGAUUUCCCUGCCUUUUUUUUGUGGGGUGUUCAUCACUGGCUCUGAUUAAGUGUAUAUUGGGCUAGGUCAGAG